AUGAAGUCACGGAAGUCUUGUAGCAGCAACGAAGUAUUCCAGAAAAGGGUUUGGACUUCAGCCGUAGAGCUCUGGAUGCAAUCAGUGACGGCAAGCUCUGGAAUGGCAGCAGCAGAGGCACGUCCGCAACAGAGAGCACCAGAAUUGAGGAAAACGCCGAAAGUAGAGCGUGUUGACGACGAACAGUGGUCCAAAAAAAGAGCAACAGCGAUCAGGGAUGAGGAGGUGAUAACUACUGUUGACGGCGGCAACCAGCAGUAA